AUGCUCAAGGGAAUAAAAGCUCUAGCUGAGCUUUGUUCCGAGGAUGGUGCAUGCCAAAAGAGAAUAGCUGAUCUAGGAGCUCUUCCCUUGUUGAGGCACAUCCUCCUGAGUGAUGAUUAUGAGAAACUUGCUGCAAUUGAAGCAUACGAUGCAUCUCGUAUUCGAGAAGUGCAAGACAAGAAUGUGGCAUCUAAUGUUUCAUCAACUGAUGCUACCACUAAUCCCUCAAGUGUACGGGUUCCUCCUGCAGCACAUAUCCGAAGGCAUGCUGGACGGCUGCUUACCAUUCUCUCUCUUCUACCCAAUUCAAAGAAGGAAAUUAUUUCUGAUGAUGUAUGGUGCAAAUGGCUCGAGGAUUGUGCUAGUGGGCGAAUUUCUUGCAAUGAUUUAAAACUAAAAAGCUACUGCAGGUUAACAUUAUUGAACAUAUUCUGUUCCGAGAGUCCAAAUGCAAGAAAACCCUCUGAUGAAUAUCCUGAUUCAGAAAGUGAGUAUAAAAGAAACUGUCCUCAGUUUGGAGAUGCACUAUUCUUGCUAAAUCCAGAGUUACCUCUUGAAGUUCAUGUGGACAACAGUGGUUUUGGGAUUUUAAGAGUUUCAAGAGAUAAUUGUAAGGAAGAUGGAAGUAUUGAAGAUCCUGGCUCUGAAACUGCGAACUCUGUAGAUGAUGCCGAAGUUGCAUCCAAAAAUGUCCCUUUGAUGGAUGUUGUGUUUGUCCAUGGCCUUCGUGGUGGCCCAUUGAACUCAUGGCGAAUUGCUGAUGACAAAUCAUCAACUACCAAAGCUGGUUUGGUGGAAAGCAUUGACGAGGAGGAUGCUGGGAAAGAGGGCACAUGCUGGCCAAGAGAAUGGCUUGCGGCAGAUUUUCCUCAAGCACGUUUUUUUAGAGUCAAAUACAAGACAAAUUUGACUCAAUGGACUGGAGCCAGCUUGCCUCUUCAGGAGGUGAGCUCUAUGCUGCUGAGGAAGUUGGUGGCUGCUGGGAUUGGUAGUCGGCCUGUUAUUUUUGUGACACACAGCAUGGGAGGACUGGUGGUUUUCUAUAGUUGUCCGCAUUUUGGCAGUAAACUUGCAGACAUGCCAUGGCGUAUGGGUUUAGUGUUUGGUCCUGCUCCUUCGAUUGGGGAGUUAAGAAGUGGAUCUCCAAGACUAGUUGAACUGAACGAUUUUGUGCGUCAACGCCACAACAAAGGAUUUCUUGAUGUUCUUAGUUUUAGUGAGACCCAGGUCACACCGAUUGUUGAAGGAUAUGGUGGUUGGGCACUUCGUAUGGAGAUAGUGCCAAUUGAAUCUGCAUACCCAGGCUUUGGGGAGCUUGUCGUUCUACCGUCCACUGAUCAUAUAAAUUCAUGUAAGCCAGUUAACAAGAACGAUCCUUCUUAUGCGGAAACCUUGGCAUUUUUGGAGAAGAACUUUAAAUUGCGUCUGAAAAGAGAAGAACCUUAG